UCCAGCGGGCGGCGCUAAAACACAUAGGCUUGUUUGCAAACACUAUUAAACCUUAGAGGAAGAAGAUUAGUUUCACCGAGCUUUCUGUUUUGUUUUGGUGCUGUUUAAUCUGUCAGAGAUAUUAUUAUUAUUAUUAUUAUUAUUAUUUUAUAUUACUGUGUUAUUUCUGUAAGUAGAAAAUACAGUUUUUGAAUUAGGUCAGUAUAUACCGGUAAUAUUCUCAUCCUCACUGUCGUGACUGAGUUUUCAAGCAAGCAGGAAUAUCUGGAGGAGUAUCAUCUGAACUGAGAUCUGCUGCUGUGAAGAUGGUGUUUGUUAAAGAGGAGAGUGAGGAGAACACGAGUGAACCAGAACCCUGGAGAAUAAAACACGAACCAGAACCCUGCAGAAUAAAACAUGAGGAACCAGAACCCUGGAGAAUAAAACACGAGGAACCAGAACCCUGCAGAAUAAAACACGAGGAACCAGAACCCUGCAGAAUAAAACACGAGGAACCAGAACCCUGGAGAAUAAAACACGAGGAACAAGGAGAUUUUAUUGAAGAAGGUGAGGAGAACGAAGCAACGAGUCAAGAUGAGGGGAAACAUCAUGUCAAAACUGGGGAAAAACCUUCGAGUUGCUCUCAAACCAAACAGCAUGAUUUAAAGAAAAGACGAGCCAAGAAAUCUUUCACCUGCACUCAGUGUGGAAAGAGUUUGGCAAGCAAAUAUAGUCUUGAUAUUCACAUGAGAAUUCACACUGGAGAGAAACCAUUCACUUGUGAUCAAUGUGGGAAGAGUUUCACACAAUCGUUAAGCCUUAAGGUACACAUGAACAUCCACACUGGAGAGAAACAGUACAAAUGUUCACACUGUGACAAGAGAUUCAGUCGGUCAGGACACCUGAAGAAACACAAGGUAGUCCACACUAGAGAGAAACCGCACACGUGUGAUCAGUGUGGGAAGAAUUUCACACAAAAAGCAAGCCUUAUGAUACAUAUGAGAAUUCAUACAGGAGAGAAACCGUUCGCAUGCAAUCAAUGUGGAAAGAGUUUUGCAUACUUAGCAAACCUUAAGGUACACAUGAACAUCCACACUGGAGCGAAACCUUAUGAGUGUUCACACUGUAACAAGAGAUUCAUUCAGUCAACACAUCUGAAAACACACGAGAGGAUCCACACUGGAGAGAAACCGUACACAUGUGAUCAGUGCGGGAAGAAUUUUGCACGGAAAGGAAUCCUUAUGACACAUAUGAAAGUUCAUACAGGAGAGAAACUGUACACAUGUAAUCAAUGUGGAAAGAGUUUGAAAUGCAAAUAUAGUCUUGAGCUUCACAUGAGAGUUCAUACUGGAGAGAAACCAUACACUUGCGAUCAGUGCGGGAAGAGUUUCACACAAUUAGCAAGCCUUAAGAAACACAUGAACAUCCACACCGGAGAGAAACUGUACUCAUGUGAUCACUGUGAUGAAACAUUUUUGAGGGCUUCAGUCCUAAAGAAACACCUGAGAGUUCAUACAAAGGAGAAGCCACAUUCAUGUUACUUGUGUGGAAAGAGUUUUUCACAUUUUUCAAUUUUGAAAGUGGAAGAGUACAUGUGCUUUAAUUGUGAAAAGACUUUUACUUCAGCGACCUGUACAAAACUGCAUGAGAGGAUUCACACUGGAGAGAAACCUUAUAAGUGUUCACACUGUGACAAGAUAUUCAAUAGGUCAGGAGACCUGGAAACACAUGAGAGGAUCCACACUGGAGUGAAACCUUAUAAGUGUUCACACUGUGACAAGAGAUUCAGUCGGUCAUCAAAUCUGAAAAGGCACGAGAUGAUCCACACUGGAGAAAAACCUUAUAAGUGUUCCCACUGUGACAAGAUAUUCAAUAGGUCAGGAGACCUGGAAACACAUGAGAGGAUCCACACUGGAGUGAAACCUUAUAAGUGUUCACACUGUGACAAGAGAUUCAGUCAGUCAACACAUCUUAAAACCCAUGAGAGGAUCCACACUGGAGUGAAACCUUAUAAGUGUUCACACUGUGACAAGAGAUUUAGUCAUUCAUCAAAUCUGAAAACACAUGAAAUGAUCCACACUGGAGAGAAACCUUAUAAGUGUUCACGCUGUGACAAGAUAUUCAGUCGGUCAACACUUCUGAAAACACAUGAAAUGAUCCACACUGGCGAAAAACCUUACAAGUGUUCAUACUGUGACAAGAUAUUCAAUAGGUCAGGAGACCUGGAAACACAUGAGAGGAUCCAUAUUGGAGAGAAACCGUAUCACUGCACUGCAUGUGGGAAGUGUUUCAAUCGUUCAUCUGCUCUAUACAGUCAUACAAAAAACAAUCACAGUAAGGCCCCGUACACACGGAGACGCAUUUAGUGGUAUACAUAAAUAUUUUGUAUCGUAUCGGUAUGUCGUCCAGAUGGAUCCUGCGUUUUGGGAGCCUGAAAGCACUAUUUUUUGAAACCGGGUCCCAGAGUGGAUAAAUCUGAAAAUGACACCUUUGUGUUUUGUGUGUACAGCCAAUCCGUAUAUUUUGUGAAACGAUGAUUUCAUCACCCCAUGUUUCGACCCUAGUCAGACGCCGCUACGCCACGUAACAACAACAAAGGUGGACUACAUGCUUGUGUUUGUACUGCAGAAUCUACUGAGCCUAUUAGCUUUACUAAUUUUACUAGCUUUUCUUGUUGUUAUGUUGGGUUUGUAUACAGCGCGCAAGGUUUAUGCACAUGCUCCAAGUCAUCUUCUCCGUUUUUAGUGUGUCUCUGUGGCAGAAUUACAGUGCCACAUACUGGUCUAGCAUGAAUACUACAUCAUUUUGAGUCAGUUUCAGUGGUUUUGUGUGUACGCAGAUAUUUCUUGAGACGACGCCGUGUUUACGGAAGAACGAGAAAAUAAAAGAUUGGAUAGAAAAAGCUCUGGCUUCAUGUGGAUGAGCCCUAAGUAGAUCAUGUUCAGAUCCAGCAUUUUCAGAUCUGAUGCUGCCUAGGGUUGUGCAAAUAAUCGAAUGCGCCCCGUAGUUCACUGACAAGCUACGCAAUAUCGCGUUCAUUAUCGGCGAUGAAUCGCCUGUGAUUGUGAACACGAUAUUGCGUGGCUUGUCAGUGAAUUACGGCUCUGUGUAGUAAAUGCCGCUCCAUCUGAAAGCAUGUGCUGGAGAUUUACUACUAAUCAGAGAACCGGCUACUGAUGAGAUGCGUAUGAGAAUCGCAUUUGAUUAUUUGCACAGCCCUACUGUCAUGUAGCUUUGCAACUGAUUCUUCUGUGCUUCUUUUGUAAGUAGGAAUGAAUACCUGAACCCGGUAUUAAACCAGCUCUGGGGCUAAAUUACGAAAGACUAGUAUCGAAAAGCGAAAAUUAAGUGUUCUGCUUUUAAGUGCUGGGGAAAUUAAGGAAAUACACUUACAGUUUACUAUUACUACAUAAAUAUUAUCAAGCUAACUGUAUUUUGCCAACCAUUUCUACAUGAGAUAAUAUCAAGACAUUCAUGACUGAUGUGUUUUCAUUAUUUUGCAAUUCAGAAGCGAGGUCUCUCUUAUACUUCAGGGCUGUGAGAUUAAUCUAAUUUUAUUUUCGAUUGAGUUUGACUUCUGAGGAUUAUGAAAACAAGUUGUUAGAGUUAAAGCGAUAUAUUAGAGACAAUCUGAUGUGUCUUGGUGACUUUAUGGCCGCGGCGUGCGUGUCUGUUAAGUCCAUGUGACCGUAGUAAUCCAUUAUUAUAAGUUUACACCACUGAUUUAUAAUAGAGAACUGGAUUGCUCAUGACGUCAUAUAAGUGAAGCCACUGCACCGCCAUAUUGGUAUACCCUAGCAUUCCCAUAAGUUCUAUUGAAUUAAACACAUGAGCUUCACAUGAGAGAUCUUACCAUCUUAAUGAGAAAACAUCACCUAACGAGUCAGUGUUUUUAUAUCUGAAGGUUUCCUGUACAUUCUUACAAUGCAAACGUGAUGCAUGUAAAAGGUUAUUUGUUUAAUGUUGGUAAUUUCCCCUGCCUAUUUAAAAAAAAAAGCGAACAUCAGAUGGAUGAGAUACUGAACAAAUGUACAGUAUUACAAAUUGCAAAGUGCUUUUUCUGAAAUAUUAAUAUAAUUUUAUACUUUCUUUGUGCAUAUACCUUAAUUCACCUUGUACAAUUAUUCACUGUUUAUGUAAUUAUGUUGUUAUAUUGUUUUUUAUUUGGAACUGCAAAUGUUUCAACAAUGAUUUCAUUAACAGCAUGCAUUUUGAAGCAGUUGAUUUCAAUGUUGGUUAAUUUAAUAAUUAAUACAUAACAUUUUACUCCUA